CAGCGACGGGGAUCUCUAUCGCGAUGGGAGAGCAUCCCAUCACGACGGUCGGACCUCUAUCGCAGCGACGGGGAGCUCUAUCGCGACGGGAGAGCGUCCCAUCGCGACAGUCGGACCUCUAUCGCAACGACGGGGGCAUCGUGUCGUCCCGCAGGUGAUCCCGAAGCGGACGAACCGCCCCGGAAUCAGCACGACGGAUCGGGGUUUCCCCCGUUCUCGUUACCGGGGUCGCGGCGGAGGCGGCGGUUACGGGGCGAGCCGAGCGCGAUUCUACAGCGGCUACAGUCGGCCCCGGGGGAGGGCCUACAGGGGCCGAGCCAGAGCCACCUCCUGGUACUCCCCAUACUGAAGGCCGUCAGCGCCCCACAAGUGUGGGGCAGAGAAAAGGGACGGGAGGUGGGGGAGGGGAGGAGGAGGAGGAGGAGGAGGAGGAGGAGGGGGCGGGGCCAUCCCUUGACCCCGCCCCCCUCCCGCUCAAGCCCCGCCCCCUUCCCCGUGAGUCUCCUUUGUCUUUCAGGUGGCGGAGCCGCAGCCAAUGGGACGACGCCGUUGGGGGCCGAGGGGCGGGGCCAAGCAAUGAGGGGGCGGGGCAGAACAACAACAAGAAAAAAAAAAUAUGACUAUUUGGGGGCGUGGCUUGUUGGGAGGGGGCGGGACUUCCGGUCCGGGGGUGUGGUCACAGGAAGUGGAGGAGGAGGAGGAGGAGGAGGAGGAGGAAGAGGAGGGGGAGGGGAAAUAAAGGCCCCCGGGGGGAACCGGAAGUGUCGUGUGAGUCUUCAUGUGGGGGGGCUACGACCCAUAAGUGUGGGGCUGGACCCAUAAGUGUGGGUCAGACCCAUAAGU